AUGAAGUUCUCGAUUGCCGUAUUGACCGCUGCCCUGGGGUCGACGACUCUUGCUGCACCCAACUCUCUGACUGAGUUCGCUAAUCCUACACAGAUGCCGAACCAGGUUCUUGAGCGCUUUAAUUCAAGGGACGCGACCCCCGGGCCCGCAGCAAAUUUUAUUGCUCUCGACGACCGCGACGGCAACUUGCGGAAAACAGAGAAGCGUGCCAAUACCCAUCUAUACAUCUGCAAAGACAUACACUUCGCCGGGCCGUGCCAGAAUCUCGAGGUUUCGCGUGGAACAUGCUAUGGAUUUGGCAACGGUUGGGACAAAGAAAUUAGCUCCCUCGGUCCCGAUACAGGAACAGUCUGCUGCAUCUGGGAGUAUGUAUUACACAUCUGA